UCAGCACUGUCAGAUGUAACAGAUCGGCGCUAGUUGCCUUUCUAGUCCCCAAUGCCUCGAGGGGAACGGCGACGCGGGAUCCCAAUACGCAGGUAUAUAAGGGAGUCUUCCACCCACUCUGACCAACAGCCUCAAACACUACAUCCACUCAUCUACAAAUCCUCACUCUACACACCAUCAUAAAAAUGCCCAACCUCACAGUCCACCACCUCCAGAUCGGCCAGGGCGAGAGAAUCCCCUUCCUCCUCGAAGAACUCAACAUCCCCUACUCCAUACAACUCUACAAACGCGACCCCCUCCUCUCCCCACCAGAGCUAAAGGCCAAACACCCCAUGGGCGCCUCCCCUGUCCUGGAAGACGCAACAACCGACCCCUCCAACCCGGUCAUGCUAGCCGAAAGCAACGCCAUCGCCGACUACAUCAUCCACAAGUACGGAAACGGCAGACUAGCAGUACCACCUUCCCACCCAAACUACGCAGACUACGUCUACUGGUUCCACUACUCGAACGGAUCGCUCCAACCUGGUCUUUUUCGUAGAGCGCUUACCCGGGGUAUGGCGUCUGGUGAAGAGGACCCAAGACUUGUCUUUACCGAUAAACGCACCAAUGGCUAUAUCGCGCAUGUUAAUAACAGGCUUUUGGCGACGAAUGCGUACCUUGCUGGCGAUGAGUUCACGGCAGCGGAUGUUAUGAUGGUUUGGUGUUUCACGACGAUGAGGAAGUUCGAGCCGAUUGAUUUGACAGAGUAUGAGGGUAUCAUGGCAUGGUUGAAGCGGUGUACUGCGAGGGAGGCGUACCAGAGGGCUAUGAAGAAGAGCGAUCCGGAUCUGGAUCUUGAGGCUGGGAUUAGUGCGAAGGGACCUCCGAUGGUGGGGAUGUUUGCGAAGGCUUACGGACCGAAGAAGUAA